AUGACAUGCAUAUUUGAAUUUAUACAAUGGAAAAAGGUGCUUGUUCGAACAUGUCACCUUUUGCUUGUCUUUGGAGUUGUUGCAUCACUUGUAUUUCAGCCAUCUCAACUUCGCACAGCUUUAUAUGACACAUCGAAUUAUCUUUAUUGUAUUACUUAUGGCCUUUUUGUUUAUCUAUCACUUUUUUUCUAUUUCAUGACAUGUUAUACCGAUCCUGGUUUCGUACCAUAUAAACGAGUACCUAAUUGGUCUGGAGGUAUGGUACCAUUAUCAGACGAUGAAGAUGAUGAUGAUGAUGAUGACGAUGGUCAUGAACAAAAGGCGGUAACAACGAGUAAAACUCAUCUACGCAAAUGUCUUCUGUGCAAUAUUGAACAACCUCUUCGAAGUCAUCAUUGUGACUUUUGCAAUCGAUGUGUACUUAAAUAUGAUCAUCAUUGUCCAUAUUUAGAAACAUGUAUUGGUGAACGUAAUCAUCGUUAUUUUUGGUGUUUUCUUCUUGCAACAGAAAUAUUAAUCAUAUGGUCUAUAGUAAUAUGCAGUCAAUCGUUUGUACCAUUCAGUGAUUGGUCAUCAUGGUUACAUAUAAAUAAAUUUCGUUUAUUUGCAAUGCAUGUAUUAGUAGUAUCUUUGUGCGCAACAACAGCAUUAUUCUGUAUUCACUCAUUUUUUGCUUUAACUAAUUCUACAACAUGGGAACGUGUAUCUCGACAUCGUAUAACAUAUUUAAAUCGUUUACCAGACGAAGAUCUUAAUCCAUUCCAUCAAGGUUAUUGUCAUAAUUUUUUUUAUUCAUUUUUAUGUCAUCGUAUUAAAGAACAACAAUGGGAUAUUGUCUAUAAAAAACGUGUCGAAGAGCAUGUUACUUUAUAUAUAACUGCUGCUAAAGGCUAUGCUGUUGAUAGUGCUUCGUCUCCAUUCAAAUUAUUAAAUUUUGAGCGACGUGUACCUAGAAAUGAUGAUGUUGUAAUUCGUAUUCAUUAUUGUGGUAUUUGUCAUACAGAUAUUCAUGAUGCGCGUAAUGAUUGGCAACGAUCAACAUAUCCGAUGAUACCAGGUCAUGAAAUUACUGGUAUUGUUGAACAAAUUGGUUCAGAUGUCAAACAUAUUCGUGUUGGUGAUUCUGUUGGUGUUGGAUAUAUGUGUGAUUCAUGUCUCAAGUGUGACUUAUGUAAAAAAGAUUUUGAACAACAUUGUUCUGAUAUGUGUGUAACUUAUAAUAGUACUGAACUUGAUAAAGUUACCCCAACAUAUGGAGGUUAUUCAAAUCUUAUAAUAACGAGAGAACAUUUUGUCUGUAAAAUUCCAAAAAAUUUACCAUUAGAUGCAGCAGCACCAUUACUUUGUGCUGGUAUCACAGUUUAUUCACCAUUACGACGAUUCAAUGUUGGAAAAGGUUCACGAAUAGGAAUUGUUGGUCUUGGCGGACUUGGUCAUAUAGCAAUUAAAUUUGGUGCAGCUAUGGGUGCUCAUGUUACUGUUAUUUCAACAUCCGAAUCGAAACGCGAAGAUGCAAUGAAACUUGGUGCAAAAAAAUUUCUUGUCUCAAAAGAUAAAGAACAAAUGAAAGGAGCUAAGGAUUCAUUAGAUUUCAUUAUCGAUACUGUAGCAGCAAAUCAUGAUGUUCGCGAUUUGAUUGAUUUAUUAGUAUUCGAAGGCGUUUAUUGUUCAGUUGGUGGACCAACAAAACCUCUUGAAAUUGAACCUAUGUCUUUAAUAUCAAAAAAAGUAAAGAUUACAGGUGGUGCCGUUGGUGGAAUGAAAGAAACUCAAGAAAUGCUUGAUUUUUGUGGUAAAUAUGGAAUAACAUGUGAUAUUGAAAAGAUUAACGCAAAUCCAGAAACAAUCAAAACAGCUUUUGAUCGAAUAGUUAAAGCAGAUGUGAAAUAUCGCUUCGUAUUGGACAUGUUAAAUUCAUUUUAA